UACACACAUACACGGAGCUGGCGCGCAGAGCAGUGGCGCCCAUCCUCUCUCUCAGUGCGACUCCUCCGAGGGAUCAGGAGUAGACUAAGUCAAACUUCCAGCAGCUUAAGAUUUGUGCGCAGCCUUUUGAAAGGAUCCAAGUCGUCAAGUCUGUUCUCUCUGGUUUCAUGUGUUCAUCGACGCUGCGGACAAGGGGAUGGAAACAUGGGAUCUAAUGAGAGGAGUCUAACACACUAAUAAAACAGGGUCUGUGGUGAUGUUGCCAUGUGCCAGCUGCCAUCUGCUCUUUAUUCAGGUCUGAUGUCCAGAUGGUGUGCCCCUCCAUGUGUGGUCCCAUUUCAGCUCUCCCUGACCAUUUCAUGGGCCACAGACCGACCCAAGCAUCCACGGCCAUUUGACUCAACCCCACCACGCGCUGCACACCUCACCCUUAACCCCUUACCCCUGACCUUCACCCUUGGCCCCUCGCCUCCCUCUGUUUCGCUCUCCAUCAAGCCUCCCCUCGCGUUUUGACGAUUCUAACCCUCCCUGUUGCCCAACAUGGUGGCUCACGUUCCUGCCCUAGUCUUGGUCAUGAUGUGCCGGGGCGUCUUGCUCUCUGGUGGAGAUGCGCCCCAGUCCCGCAGAGAGAUCCGCAUCGAGGGCGACCUGGUGCUUGGCGGCCUGUUCCCUGUGCAUGAAAAAGGUGCUGGGAUGGAGGAGUGUGGGCGCGUGAAUGAGGACAGAGGGAUCCAGAGGCUGGAGGCCAUGCUCUUUGCCAUAGACCAGAUCAACAUGGACAACACUCUGCUGCCUGGGGUCUCCCUUGGGGUCCACAUCCUGGACACCUGCUCCAGAGAUACCUAUGCACUGGAGCAGGCUCUGGAGUUUGUAAGAGCCUCCCUAACCAAGGUGGACGACACAGAGUUCAUCUGUCCAGACGGAUCUUAUGCUCUGCAGGACGACAGCCCACUCGCGAUCGCCGGAGUCAUUGGAGGAUCCUUCAGCAGUGUCUCCAUACAGGUUGCCAAUCUCCUCAGGCUCUUCCAGAUCCCUCAGAUAAGCUAUGCGUCGACAAGUGCCAAGCUCAGCGAUAAAACCCGCUAUGAUUACUUCGCCCGUACGGUGCCUCCCGACUUCUACCAGGCCAAAGCCAUGGCCGAGAUCCUGCGGUUCUUCAACUGGACAUACGUGUCCACUGUGGCAUCAGAGGGCGAUUAUGGCGAAACUGGUAUAGAGGCCUUUGAGCAAGAGGCACGCAUGAGGAACAUCUGUAUCGCCACUUCAGAGAAGGUGGGGCGUUCAAACGCAAAGAAGUCCUAUGAAGCUGUGAUCCGUCAGCUCCUGCAGAAGCCGAACGCCCGUGUGGCCGUCCUCUUUCUGCGCAGCGAUGAUGCCAGAGAGCUGCUGGCAGCUGCCGCCAGGCUUAACACCUCCUUCAUUUGGGUGGCCAGCGAUGGCUGGGGUGCACAGGAAAGCAUUGUCAAGGGAAAUGAGGUCACCGCUGAAGGAGCCAUCACACUUGAGCUGGCCGCCAAUCCUGUGCCAGACUUCAACCACUACUUUCUCAGCCUGAACCCGGUCAAAAACCAUCGUAAUCCCUGGUACAGGGAAUUCUGGGAGCAGCGAUUCCAGUGCUCCUUAGGUGGUGGAGGAACAGGAGGAGGAGGAGGUGAAGGUGGAGGUGUUGGACCAGGAGAGAGACCUGUCCUCCCACUGUGUGACAAGGACUUGUCAAUGGACAAGACUAACUUUGAACCCGAGUCAAAGAUCAUGUUUGUGGUGAACGCAGUGUAUGCUAUGGCUCAUGCCCUUCAUAAUAUGCAACGGAGUCUGUGCUUCAACACCACCAAGCUGUGCGACAGCAUGAAGGCCUUGGAUGGGCGCAGACUCUACAGGGAUUACAUCCUUAAUGUCAGCUUCACAGCCCCUUUCUCUCCACCGGGCAGUGAGACAGUAGUGAAGUUUGAUUCCCAAGGGGACGGCAUGGGCCGAUACAACAUCUUCAGCUACCAGCGCUCUGGCGAUCGUUACGGUUACGUGCCAGUAGGCGAGUGGGCAGAAAGUCUGAGUCUGAGCAGCGAUUUGAUUCACUGGCCCAGAGAAGCGGUGCCCACCUCACAAUGCAGCGACCCCUGCGAACGUAAUGAGAUGAAGAAAAUGCAGGCAGGUGAGUACUGCUGCUGGAUCUGUACAGCCUGUGAGCCUCAUGAAUACCUGGCUGAUGAGUUCACCUGCUCGCCUUGUGCACCUGGCCAGUGGCCCACUGACGACCUGACAUCCUGUUAUGACCUUCCUGAGGACUACAUUAUGUGGGAAGAUGCCUGGGCAAUUGGUCCAAUUACUAUUGCCUGUGUAGGGUUCAUGUGCACUGGCCUGGUGUUCUGGGUGUUUAUCCGCCACAACAACACACCACUGGUGAAAGCUUCGGGCAGGGAGCUAUGUUACAUUCUCCUCUCAGGAGUCUUCAUGUCCUACGCCAUGACUUUCCUCUUCUUAGCCAAACCCUCUCCCGCCAUCUGUGCCCUGCGGCGGCUCGGGCUAGGCACGUCGUUCGCUGUCUGCUACUCGGCCCUCCUCACCAAAACUAACAGAAUCGCCAGGAUUUUCAAUGGCGUGAAAGACGGAGCGGGUGCAGCAAGGCCACGCUUCAUUAGCCCAUCCUCUCAGGUGUUCAUCUGUCUGAGUCUAAUCUCCGUCCAGUUAGUGAUGGUGUCAGUGUGGCUGCUGCUGGAGGUUCCUGGGACACGGCGCUUCACGUUGCCAGAGCGACGGCAGACUGUCAUCCUCAAGUGUAACGUACGCGACUCCAGCAUGCUGCUGUCACUGGGAUAUGAUGUGCUCCUGGUCAUCCUGUGUACUGUGUAUGCCUUCAAGACCAGGAAGUGCCCAGAGAACUUCAACGAGGCCAAGUUUAUUGGAUUCACCAUGUACACCACCUGUAUAAUCUGGCUGGCCUUUCUUCCCAUCUUUUAUGUUACAUCAAGCGACUACAGGGUUCAGACCACUACAAUGUGUAUCUCAGUCAGCCUGAGUGGCUUUGUGGUCCUGGGUUGUAUGUUUGCACCUAAGGUCCAUAUCAUCAUGUUCCAGCCCCAGAAGAAUGUGACCAGCCACAGGCUUAACCUCAAUCGCUUCAGUGUCAGCGGGGCUGCCACCACAUACGCAUCUCACGCUUCUGUCAGUGCCCACUACGUACCAACCGUGUGCAACGGAAGAGAAAUUGUCGACUCCACUACUUCCUCUCUGUGACCACAUACAGUCCACUCUCUAAAUCUGCCCCUGCGACUGUUAGCCAAUCCAUGAACGUUAUCCCCCUUUCAACCAUCAUUCCCCGCCUCAUACACACUGUAUACAUUUAUACGCAAAAACACAUAUACAGAUGUACACAUACACACACAGAAUGCACACACACAGAAAAACAAACAACCUUCCUUGUGGACUAGAACUGUAUUGUUUCACAAAUGUAGAAAGUGUGUAACUAUAAUUAAAUUAUUUUCUAGGGAUGUACAUACAUGGAAUCGACAUUGUUGUAAGUAGAGAAACAAAAGAACAAAAAAAGUUUUUAGGAGGAAUUUUUGGAGCCUUUGUUUUUGAUAGCUUUGUUAUGAUGCGGUGUAAAUAGACAUGCGCUUAGUCAUGGUAGGAGGGUGUGUGUCCCUCAGUCUGGAUGCACAUUUGUGGCUCUGCUUGCCUCACCCCCAAUAUCCCACAGACUUUUUAAUUCUCAUGCUUUUUUGUAGGUCUCAUUGUAAUAACCGAUUAUGUAUGCAUUUCUAUUAUGUAUCUGUACAUUUGUAUAUUAUACUACUGAUGGUUCAAACAGCACAAUGUUGACAGUCUUGUAACCCUAGAAUGAAUGUGGACUAAAGCAUAAACUGGAUAGGAUAUAAACAGCUGGAACGGACAUGUACAAAAAAAAUCCAUCAAGCUCAUCGACGUGCAGUUAUACUGUGCCAGAACACAAUUUUUCAGUUUGGGAAUUUGUCUAUUCACAUCUUCAUAGAUGUGCUUUGCACCCUAGAUCUGUAUAAAUAACCCAUUGUGGCUGUUUUUUUUGUUGUUGUUUUUUGGUACAGGAGAGUAGGUUUUUGCUUUUGAUACAAAUGUUCAUUUUUCUACUUCUGAUCAUGGAAUCCCUUUAUCUAAAUGGCCAUAGUUCCAGACGUGUGUUCACCAAAGCAACACAAUGUCCUCUCACACCCUCAAACUGCCGUUUCUUUAGUGGAUUGCUGGUAAUAACUAAAAGCAGAGCAGAAAAGUACAACAAAUGUAUUUCUUUUGCCUCAAAACUGUCAAUACAGACAGUGCUGCAAUAGCUCUGUCAGCCAAAGCAAAUGGGUGUCCUGGUUAUUAUGAAUUUAUUCUCAAGUGACUUAAACAAUAAUGAAGGAAAACUGGCUGCUUUGCUGAACACAUGUUGAAACUACAGGGGAAUGGUAGCUUACGUCUUUGCGCCCCACAGAUACGGUAUGUGGUGAUGUUUUGAAUAUGGCUAUGUGCCUUAAUGUAUGUUUGAUAGUGCUCCAGGCAGAGGUUGUAAGAGAUCAGUUUUACAUUACCAGCAGAAAAUCCAUGUUUUGGUAAAUGUAAAAGUGACCUCAGUGUAGAGUACAUGUUUCAGGGCAACACUAUACCAGUUAGUUUUAUUCCCUACCAAGCCUUCUGCUGUUGAUUGUUUACCUGAGGUGUUGAAACAGUGACUCUGAGGAAUUCUUAGGUUAAAAUGACUUUCUCUACCCCCCCUUCAUUCUCCGGUCUGUGAUUAAAAAAAAAAAAAAGAAAGAAAAGAAAUAUUUCUGAUAGACAUCCAUCACACUGAUUUUACUUUUUUUUUUUUUUUUUUUACAGCUUUGAGGCUCCAAUAAAAGAAGUAAGGGGAAGAGUAAGCUCAUAUGCCAUUAAGAUGAAGUCAAUGACUCGUCGACUUAUUGAAGUGUGCAGUUUACAUGCCUGUGUUAAAUGUGUUGACGUUGAGAGGCACAGUGGAGCAGCUGGCUCCGGCAGUCCCAGAGAGGCUCACGAGAGGAAAGCAGAGCACACAGUGUCAGCUGCUGGCAGAUCCCAGCUAACAAAAGGAUGUUAGAGUAGAAACUCAUAUGCAUAACAUACAUAACACUUAUCAAAACAUCCGUGCCCAUCAAACUCUCUGUUUGUGGCUGGAAAUGUGACAGGCUCUCUGCUGGGUGAUGAGGUAGGGCUAUAAAUGAGGGAAACAUUAUAUGGAUAAAGCUGUUCUAAGAAAAUCUAAAUAGACAAAAUUAGUGGACUAAUUUAGAACCACAACAUAUUUUAUUUUUAAGAGUGGCCUCAUGCAGGAAUUUAUUGCAUUUACCAUGGUAGUAAAUCAUUAUUAAACUGAUCCUAAAUGGUUGCAUACUAUAAUAUGCUGUCUAAAAUAAAGUGUGACUGUUAUACCUGAUAUUUCUAACAAAGUAUGUGAUCAGAAUCACUCAUUUCCAUCCCCAAUCUAUUUUCUCCAUGUUAAAAUUCAUAAAGUAGGCAAAGAGGCAGAACUGUUGAACAUUCAUCUCUUGACCGAUCUACACCUUUGCACAGCCAGUCUCCAAAGGCACCCUGUGAUUAUCACACUGAAUGAUAGAUUGAAAGAAUUUUAGAGGAUGCGCCAAGCCGACCUACAUUGGGUGUGUGUGUGUGUGUGUGUGUGUGUGUGUGUGUGUGUGUGUGUGCACGUGUGUGUGUGUGUUUUGUGCAGAGAACAGGAGGAGAGAGAGAGAGAGAGAGAGAGAGAGAGAGAGAGAGUGAUAUGGCAGAGCAGAGGGGAGCCGCUGCUGGAUUAUGUAAAGCACUCCCACAGCCCAGAAGUCACAGCGCUUCUAUGGAAGCUCAAAGCAUCUCAGAGAUUCACAAGUCUUUGUUAGCAGAAGGCUUAGCCAUUCACUCAGUGGUCCUGCUCCCACAAGAUACACCCCGCAUGGCAGGUUGCUACGGACAACCACAGCCACAUCCGUUGCUGGAAUGUGUAUUUGUCUGCGCGGAGAGAGGAGGAUGGGAGGAGGGGGUGAGGAGAGGGCAAAAGAAGAAGAAUAGAAGGUGGGGGAGAGGGGACUGGGUUGCUGGUUCUGGUUCAAAUUGGCAGUGACUGAUGAGAUUUGGCUUCAGCAAGGCCCGGUACUCUACUCCCAGCGUUAAAUGGCAGCACAAAUAGAGCACUUAACCCUGAUUCUCUCCUCACUUAGUCUGGAGAUUUGUCUCGGACAACAGUCUCACACUCUUCCACCGACCCUCUCUUUCUCAAUCCGCUUCACCCCUUCAACCUUUGUCCGCCUCAUCUCUCUCUCUCUCUCUUAUGUGUGAAACUCGCUGCUGAGUCGGUCUCAGCCAGGACCACCUAAGCCACACCAGCAGAUUGGUAGCCCCGAGACUGAAGCACUCAGAUCUGGGUGCCCGCUGCAGCACAUGCCAACUAGGCAGCCUUGAGGAGGUUAGAAAAGGGGGGAGGCUGGAGCUAAAGGAGAUAAAGGAGCUGGAGAGUGUAUGGGAAAAAGAAAAUGUGAUUCAGAUGUAAAGAAAAUGCAUCACCUCUCUCACUACACUAGAGUCAGUUUAUCAUCACAUGCACCAAGUAACUCUCACUGGGAGCUUCCUUAAUUGGCUUCACCCAUGAAUAUCCCUUUCAAACAGCAAGCCAUCGACUACGGACAUUGUUCAUGCUCAUUCACCCUCUGCCAACAGCCAUGUGCUCUACAAAGGUCUCUGUGCUGUAGCCCCCCCCCAUAACAGAAUGUGUCCUUGGCCUCUGAGGCUCUGAGAGAAGACAAGAUCUCUGCGGCGAGGUCGAGCUGGACUCUGGAACUGGCCGGUCACAAAGCAAUAGUUCAGUGUUUAUGAUACGUGCAAUAACGAGGCUGUGAUGACAUCAUAAUAAAUAACAACAAGCAAACA